AUGGAUUCUCCCUUUAAAGACAUAUCAUUCUCUUCCUAUCUUAAGCCACAGAAUGACGCACAAAAUUCACAAGGAAAUGGCAGCCCAGAGGAAGCAGAAUUAAGCAUAUUCGAUGCACAUAAAUAUUUCAGCGAAAGCUGUAAUCAGAAUGGCCUUAAGAUGCAGAAGCAACAAGAACUACCUGAUGAUGUUCUGUCUAUCCCAAGGCUAUCAUCAGUUUCUUCCAUUGAUGGAUAUGGCAAGAACUUCCCAACAAGAUCAUUUCGCAGAACGGCGACGACUUCUUCUGAAGCUAGCUGGAAUAGCCGAACUGGCUUAUUGGCUACUCCACCAACCAAAAAUUCCCGCAGAAAUUUACCUGCAGAUCAGAAAAAUAUGAAGAACAACUCUGCUGUUAAGAAAUGGUUUCUUGGGAGAACUUGUUGCUGCAGUGAUAAAAAGGCGGUGCAAGUUAAGGAAGCAACUGUAAUGGAGUUAGAACACAAAGGAGCAGUGGUGAAAAUCAAUACUACAGGAAAUGAUGUUAUAAGGAAGGAAAUGUGUUCGGAAAGGGAUCAGAGCAGCAAGGGAAGCUCACCUGUUAUUAUCGGAUUUGGAUCCGCUGAGGCGCCGCGAAUGCAGCGGAUAUCGGCGUCGGGACGGCCGUUCCUUGACGGUGCUAUAAGCUUUACAUUUCCUAUUCUGAAUUCUUCGAUCGAGCAGCACAAUAAGCCUUCCGUAAUUGGAACAUUCGCGAAACCGAUUGUUAAUCUGAGCAAAUAUUCGCAACCGGAGGUUCCGCCGGCGGUUUCAGGACCGGAAUCGAAACGCGAUUGUGUCGAUGGUGGAGGCGAUUUCAAUCCGAGAAGAGUUAUUGCCGACGACGAUGCUGGAAGCGACGCGAGCUCCGACCUUUUUGAGAUUGAGAAUUUCUCAUCCCAAACGACGUCGUAUACAACUUGUGCCCUAGGUGAGGAUCGUGCGAGUGCGAGGAGAUUCAAUCCCGCCGGCGGAACUAAGCUUGUUGACUACGAAAGGAUGGACGUGGUCGACGCCGCGGCGGCGGCGGAGGAGGCGGAGUGUUAUGCUCCGAGCGAGGUAAGCGUAGACUGGAGUGUGGCGACAGCGGACGGCGGAGACAAAACAAGCGUCGGCAAUAAAUCGGAAAUCAGAAAUGUAGCGCCAUUGCUGAGGCAGCAGAAGGAGCCGCCGAGCGGUGACGGCGAUUGGAGGAAGGGAAACAGCGGGGUGGUGUUGAGGGGAUGCCGGCACGAGAAGGCGGUGAGCGUGGCUUCGCAGCCGGUGAAAUGCAUGGCGGUGGAUGGAGGAUGGCGGAAGGCCGCCGCCGCCGGCCGGUAA